GGUUUAAUGGCGCUGUGAUGUCACAGUCAGCAUGAUGGUUUAAGGAGCGGCGGUGUCAAGGUGGCCGCGCGUGUGAUGUUGCGCUGGACGGUUCACCUGGAGGGCGGCCCGAGGAGGGUGAAUCACGCAGCGGUGGCUGUCGGACACAAGAUCUACUCGUUUGGCGGAUACUGCUCCGGCGAGGACUACGAGACGCUGCGACAGAUCGACGUUCACGUCUUCAACACGGUGUCUCUCCGCUGGACGAAACUGCCACCCGUGAGGACCGGAGGAAGGGAGCACGCUCGUGAAGUGCCCUACAUGCGCUACGGACACACUGCUGUCCUGGUGGAUGACAUCAUCUACAUCUGGGGGGGUCGCAAUGACACGGAGGGGGCGUGUAAUGUUCUCUACGCUUUUGAUGUCAACAGUCACAGGUGGUUCACACCAAAGAUCUGUGGGACAGUUCCUGGAGCGAGAGAUGGACACUCGGCCUGCAUUCUGGGGAAAUACAUGUACAUCUUUGGUGGAUACGAACAGCUGGCCGACUGUUUCUCCAAUGACAUUCACAAGCUGGACACCACGAGUAUGUGCUGGUCACUAGUGAACACGCGGGGCACACCGGCUCGCUGGAGAGACUUUCACUCUGCCACCAUCAUCGGCACAAAGAUGUUUGUGUUUGGAGGCCGAGCAGAUCGAUUCGGCCCGUUCCACUCCAACAACGAGAUAUAUUGCAAUAAAAUCAAAAUAUUCGACACUGAGACUAACUGCUGGCUCAACACGGCGUCUGCACAGCUGCUGCCAGAGGGAAGGAGAAGCCACUCGGCCUUUGCAUUCAACGGAGAGUUGUACAUAUUUGGUGGUUAUAACGCUCGUCUGGACCGACACUUCAAUGACCUCUGGAAGUUUAAUCCAGAGGCGUUCUCCUGGAAGAAGGUUGAACCGAAGGGAAAAGGUCCAUGUCCCAGGAGAAGACAGUGCUGCUGUAUGGUCGGGGAUCGCAUCAUUCUGUUCGGAGGAACCAGUCCAUGUCCGGAGCAGGGAAUGGGUGACGAGUUCAACCUCAUGGAUCAUUCAGACCUCUACAUACUGGACUUCAGUCCUAAUUUGAAGACUUUAUGCAAACUAGCGGUUAUUCAGUACAGUCUAGAACAAUCUGGACUUCCACACGACAUCAGGUGGGAGCUGACGGCGAUGACCACCAACAGCACCAUCAGUCGUCCCAUCUUCUCCUCUCACGGCUGACGGCGCAGCUUCACCUGUGGAAGAACGUUCCAGACGAUCUGAUGUUCUGCACAUUCUGGAUCGGGUUUUCUCUGCGGAUGUUUUUGGUGAUGUGGGUGUUUGUGCAGAUGAACGCAGCUUUCCCGUGUUUAUUUGCCUUGAUGAAGAUAAACUGUUUCCUUCUGAAGACAAAAGACACUUUUAAAUCGGUCCGAUUAUUCAUCAGUAUUAUGAUAUUAUGAGAUCCUGGCGUGAAAUAAAUUUGAACUCAUUUAAUGUCGUUGGUUUCUCUGCUUGUGUUCACGUUCAGUCUGGUUCAGAAGUGUUCAGUCGACUGCACAGAUGAAUCGUUCACUUGUGCAGUUCAUCUCUGAUUCUUUAUUGUAUUUUGGACAUUAAACAUUAUUGACUGGCUCGAGACGUAUAUUCUGUGCAUGCAGCGUACUUCAGCACUCUUCACCAACAUCUUCCAGACCUGCAGCUGUAAAUACAGUGAGUGAAACAGGACGUGUUUCCUCAUCGAUCACACAUUAAUCUGAUAUUCAUAAAGACAUCAAACACACGAUUAUAUGUGGAGCAGAUCAACUCAAUAAACCAGAUGAAGUAUUGUCUGAUUCAAGGGAAGUUUUUUUGGAAGAAAUGAAUGUGAGUGUUUAGCCUGCAGUCGUGUUGUUCUGCAACAUCAUUUAAACACCGUUCUUCUGUCUGUUAAUCUCAGACUGACUCGAUGUUCAGAGAGGCACUGUGUGGGCACUGUGUGGGCAAUGCCAUCUGUUGCAGGACUCUUUCACUCUCUUUAACUAUCAUUUGUUUUUCCUCUUAGAUUGAGUCUAAAAUGACGCACACAAGCAGGUUGCACACAAAUAAUUCAUUUAAAUCUACUUAUAAAAUGUUAAAUCCGAAAAUUGUGUGUCUGUGUAUCUCAGCGAGUAUUGACGCUGACUAUCACACCUGGAGUCGUGAGUUUGAAUCCAGGGUGUGCUGAGUGACUCCAGUCAGGUCUCCUUAGCAACCAAAUUGGCCCGGUUGCUAGGGAGGGUAGAGGCACAUGGAGUAACCAAAUUGGCCGGUUGCUAGGGAAGGUAGAGGCACAUGGGGUAACCAAAUUGGCCCGGUUGCUAGGGAGGGUAGAGGCACAUGGGGUAACCAAAUUGGCCGGUUGCUAGGGAAGGUAGAGGCACAUGGGGUAACCAAAUUGGCCCGGUUGCUAGGGAGGGUAGAGGCACAUGGGGUAACCAAAUUGGCAUGGUUGCUAGGGAGGGUAGAGGCACAUGGGGUAACCUCCUCGUGGUGGUGAUUAGUGGUUCUCACUCUCGGUGGGGCGUGUGGUGAGUUGUGUGUGGAUGCCGCGGAGAAUAGCGUGAAGCCUCCACACGUGCUACGUCUCCAUGGUAACGCGCUCAACAAGUCACGCGAUAAGAUGUGCGGAUUUACGGUCUCAGACGCAAGAGAUUCGUCCUCCCCACCCGGAUUGAGGCGAUUCACUACGCCACCACGAGCGCAUUUGAAUUAGCCGUUACAAAUUGGCGAGAAAUUUAAAAAAAUAAAUAAUACAUUUUAUAUAUCUGAAAUUGAAGUGAGCUCGUCUGCUGUUGAUUCAAUACCUCUCCAUUAGUUGCAUUUCUUCAUCUUUCUUCUUGAUGGUUUAUUAAUAUAAUAAAGUCAAUAAAAUCACCAUCAGAAUGAAGAGAUUCAGAUUUUGUUCAUUUGUAUCAAAUACGUUUUAAUAACGAGCUGUUUAACGGGAUGAUAUUAAUGAUGAGUAGUUGAUUGACAGCUGUCAAUGUGCUGGAGUAUUCAUCAUGCCUUCAUGAUCUCGCCAACUAAACGUGUUAAAUGUGCAAAAACAAUUCAAGACCGCGUGUUGUGUGUAAAUGAUUCAUGCAGCAGCUGACUUUUGGGAGUCUUUGUUUUGUUCUGAUGUGAGUUUGUGUUUGAGAAUAUUGUAAUAUGGAGGUUCAUUGUGUGAUCAGAUGUGAGAGAUGAAAUAUUCAUGUGUAAUGUUUCCCUCUUCUCAAACUCCAGAUGUCAUCACGUCUUCAUGUGUGUGUAGUUCCACAUGUGAGCAUCAUCUGACAGUCCAGUAAGAGUUACAGUACUGCAGGUGAAGCGAUGUGUUCCUGCCAGUUUAGCGGCUCUCAGCGGACGCGACCUUUAUGCUGUUUUAUUUAGGAAAGGUCGGAGAGGUUACAUGCUGCAGGAUUUGUGAUGGGACGGACUCCACCUGUUGCAACUCAUAUUCACAAGACCCUUAAACUUCAGCGAACACUAAUGACUGAACAUCGUGUGUUAGACGUCAGUGAAGUCAGCGCUCACUCUCAGACGGGCUUCUGCAGAAUCGAGGAUUAAAAGUCGUGUCAUGAGCUGAUGGU